CGACCCACCAACCAACCAAUCGACCGAUCAAAACACACACACAACACACACUGACUGACUGAAGGAGCGGUGGCAAGAGGCUGAAGGUGUGAUGGCCCUCAGAGCUUCUUCAGCCACCGCUAGACCACAACUUCCUUCUCCUCCACCACUUCCAUCUUCUUCUUCACCGUCCAAAACUUUUGUUCCCAUUACCAACAUCCCACCAAGUAGUAAUCAGUUUAAGUCCAACCCUUUAGUAGUCUCACUCCCUACUUCGACUGCUCUAUCUAUACUUACACUCUUCUCAGCUCCAUCAUAUGAAGCUAGAGCUAUUAGCCUCCCUAAGGAACAAAUAGUCUCUUCUCUCGAUCAGGUGGAGUCAGCGAUUGAUCAAGUUCAAGAUGUGGGUUCGAGUAUAUUUGAUGUCGCGGGGAAAGUGAUUGGUGCUGCGGUUGAAGUUGUGAAGCCUGGGAUUGAUGCUGCAUUGCCUAUUUUAAAGCAGGCAGGAGAGCAAGCUCUGAAGCUUGCUUCCCCUGCAAUUUCAGAGGCAUCUAAGAAAGCUCAAGAGGCAAUUCAGAGCUCUGGCAUUGACACAGAGCCUGUGAUAACUGCAGCUAAGACGGUUUCUGAUGUAGCACAACAAACUACCAAAGUGAUUGAAGAUGCCAAGCCUGUAGCCUCAUCUGCUGUGGAAACCAUCUUAUCAGCUGACCCUAUUACAAUUGUAGGUGCUGGUGGUGCCCUAUUCUUUGCGUAUCUCCUGCUUCCUCCUGUCUUUUCUGCCAUCUCUUUCAGUCUUCGAGGGUACAAGGGUGAUCUGACUCCUACUCAGACACUGGAUCUAAUGUCUACCAAGAAUUACAUUUUGAUUGAUAUUAGACCUGUGAAGGAUAAGGACAAAGCUGGAGUUCCUCGCCUUCCAUCAAGUGCUAAAAGCAAAAUUGUCUCAAUUCCAUUGGAAGAAUUACCUAGCAAGCUAAAAAGUCUAGUGAGAAGUGUAAAGAAAGUAGAAGCUGACUUGGUGGCUUUAAAGAUUUCAUAUCUCAAGAAGAUCAAUAAAGGUUCCAACAUUGUCAUCAUGGACUCGUACUCAGAUGCUGCUAAGAUAGUUGCAAGAACACUUACGAAUCUUGGCUUCAAGAACACCUGGGUUGUGGCUGAUGGCUUCUCUGGAAGCAAAGGGUGGUUGCAGAGUCGGCUAGGAGCAGAUUCUUACAAUGUAUCCUUUGCUGAAGUCAUAUCACCAUCCAGAAUUAUCCCUGCUUCUGCCAGACGUUUAGGUACGACAAGCUCAGCCAAAUUGCUUCCGGGAAGUUCUGAUUGACUUCCUUUUGGGCUUGCAAACGCGAUUAGACCAUGAUCCUAGUGUGGUGUUCUUCAUGGUCACGCUUUUUGUAAAUUGAGUAAUUUCCUGUAAAAUUUGUUCAUCAUAGUAACUUAUCAUUUCAUGCUCAAUGAAGUCUUAUUAGAAUUUCUGCUUCUUGCCUA